AUGUAUCUUGAUUCCUUGCCCUUCGAGAUAAUCUGUCUUGUUGCAUCAUAUCUGCCAGAGAACAGAGAUAGACUCUCACUUCUGCGAUGCAAUCGUGUGCUUUAUGAUACCUUGAUUGAUGUCCUUUACAAACAAGACAUACGUACUAUAUGUUAUGCACUGCCAUGGCUGUUGCAGAGGGGAUUUGAACGGGAGACGCAGCACCUAAUAUCGCGCAACAACCUAGACGUGAACAUUCCAGUGGCUUCACGGGCCAGUUCGAUCAACACGCCUUUGCUCCUUGCCAUCAGGUCUGGCCGUACGAAUAUGGUGGAGCUCAUUCUGCGCAAUGGAGCUCAAGUCAAUCUCGGAACAGACAUUUCCGCCUUGGGAUAUGCUGCGACUCUGGGAUACUACGAUAUAACGAGUUUACUCCUCCAGCAUGGCGCCCAUGUAGACCUUGUGGGCCAGAUAUGCCGGCUUACCCCUCUUGGAUGUGCUCUUGAAUUUGGCAACUCAUCCCGAAAAGGAAAAUCAUGCUUAUGGGUCAGGAAGGUACUAUAUGAUGGUUUGCUAAAAUCUAAAGGAGAGAAUGAGUCUUUUGCUGUGACCCAGUUGCUUGUGGCUAACGGGGCAGAUCCUCAUUUCAAGUCUGAUGGCACCUUGUCUACUGCCCUGCACAGGAUUCCCAAGAGCCCAUGGAAAUCGCCAGAGAAACUAUUCAGUCUGUUUCUCAAUUCUGGUGCAGAUUUAAACGCACAAGAUUCGAAAGGAAACACUCCCCUUCAUGUUGUCUUCUCCCAUAACGCAUUCUUGGGAGAUAUGAAAGCCCAAACGCAGUUUGUAGAAUUGCUCUUGCGGUCUGGUGCCGAUGUUAACAUAAACAACAGACAUGGAAGGACAGCACUAGGUAUCAGAUUUGGUAAUCCGAGCAUCUUGGAACGUCUCUUGAAACCAGGGGUGAACACUCGUUGUCGUGGAAAAAGCGGAGGCGAAAUCAUUUGGAAGCUGUUGACAACACCGUGCGAUAACCAAAAGAAAGGUACAAGGCAACAUGUGAUCAAUACUAUCAUGAUAGAGCUACUCUUGGAGCACGGGGCUUGUGCAAAUCAAAUAAUCGAAUGGGGAUGUCCACUGGACCUCCCCACGGCACAGAGAUACCCCGUACUGAAGGAUUUGAUGAACAAGAGGAAAAUGGUUCCAAGGAAAGCUUUCCCAAAGAAACCAUAA